AUGGCCGAAACCUCACAAAACGUGACUCCUACUCCUACUACUACUGCUGCUUCUUUCAUCCCUCCGCCUUCCGUUUCCGUCGUCCGUCGUGAGAAUACUGCCGUCUCCGCCAUUGAUUCCGUCGUCGUUCCAUCCGUCGACGAUCAGAAAGAACAAACGCCUGCAAUUGCGUCUAACAAAGUGAUCCAAAUCAUGCAUAGAGCUCAGACUUGUCAUCCUUUGGACCCUUUAACUGCUGCUGAGAUCUCUGUGGCUGUGGCAACCGUUAGAGCUGCCGGUGAUACGCCUGAGGUCAGGGAUGGCAUGCGCUUUGUUGAGGUGGUUCUCUUGGAACCAGAUAAAACUUUUGUUGCACUGGCAGAUGCCUAUUUCUACCCACCUUUCCAAUCAUCAUUGUUGCCCAGAACCAAAGGAGGACUUCUUGUUCCUUCUAAACUACCUCCAAGGCGAGCUAGACUUAUUGUUUACAAUAAGAAGACAAACGAGACAAGCAUAUGGAUUGUUCAGCUAACUGAAGCACAUGCUGCUGCUCGAGGUGGACAACACAGGGGAAAAGUGAUUUCAUCAAAAGUUGUUCCAGAUGUUCAGCCACCUAUGGAUGCACAAGAGUAUGCUGAAUGUGAAUCCGUUGUUAAAAAUUAUCCUCCGUUUAUUGAAGCAAUGAAGAGAAGGGGCAUUGAUGACAUGUACCUUGUGAUGGUUGACCCCUGGUGUGUUGGUUAUCACAGUGAAGCUGAUGCUCCUAGCCGCAGGCUUGCCAAACCACUGGUAUUCUGCAGAGCAGAGAGCGACUGCCCAAUGGAAAAUGGAUAUGCAAGACCAAUUGAAGGAAUACAUGUGCUUGUUGAUGUGCAAAUCAUGCAGGUGAUAGAGUUCGAAGACCGCAAACUUGUACCUUUACUUCCAGCUGAUCCACUGAGGAAUUACACUGCCGGUGAGACAAGAGGAGGGGUUGACCGAAGUGAUGUGAAACCCCUACAAAUUAUUCAGCCAGAGGGCCCAAGCUUUCGCGUCGAUGGGAACUACGUACAAUGGCAAAAGUGGAACUUCCGAGUAGGUUUCACCCCUAGAGAGGGUUUGGUUAUACACUCUGUGGCAUAUCUUGAUGGUAGCAGGGGCCGAAGAUCCAUAGCCCAUAGGUUGAGUUUUGUGGAGAUGGUUGUCCCCUAUGGAGAUCCAAAUGACCCACAUUACAGAAAAAACGCAUUUGAUGCAGGAGAAGAUGGUCUUGGAAAGAAUGCUCAUUCACUGAAGAGGGGUUGCGAUUGUUUAGGAUACAUAAAGUACUUUGAUGCCAACUUUACAAAUUAUACUGGAGGAGUAGAAACCAUCAAAAAUUGUGUAUGUUUGCAUGAAGAAGAUCACGGGAUGCUUUGGAAGCAUCAAGAUUGGAGAACUAACCUUGCUGAAGUUAGACGGUCUAGACGACUGACAGUUUCGUUUAUUUGCACUGUGGCCAACUAUGAAUAUGGAUUCUAUUGGCACUUUUACCAGGAUGGGAAAAUUGAAGCAGAAGUCAAACUCACGGGAAUUCUCAGUUUGGGAGCAUUGCAACCUGGAGAAUCUCGAAAAUAUGGCACCACAAUAUCACCAGGAUUGUAUGCACCUGUCCAUCAGCACUUCUUUGUCGCUCGGAUGAAUAUGGCAGUUGAUUGUAAGCCAGGAGAAGCACACAAUCAGGUUGUUGAAGUAAAUCUCAAAGUUGAAGAACCUGGGAAGGAAAAUGUUCACAAUAAUGCAUUCUAUGCCGAAGAAACACAGCUUAGGUCUGAAUUGCAAGCAAUGCGAGACUGUGAUCCUUUAUCUGCUCGUCAUUGGAUUGUUAGGAACACAAGAACAUCCAACAGAACAGGUCAGCUAACAGGGUACAAGUUGGUACCUGGUCAGAACUGUUUGCCAUUGGCUGGUCCUGAGGCUAAGUUCUUGAGAAGAGCGGCAUUUUUGAAGCACAAUCUUUGGGUUACACAAUUUGCACCUGGAGAAGAUUUUCCAGGGGGAGAGUUCCCUAAUCAAAAUCCACGUGUUGGCGAGGGAUUAGCUUCUUGGGUUAAGGAAGAUCGCUCUCUGGAAGAAAGCGACAUUGUUCUCUGGUAUGUUUUUGGAAUCACGCACGUUCCUCGAUUGGAGGACUGGCCUGUUAUGCCUGUCGAACAUAUCGGCUUUAUGCUUCAGCCGCAUGGAUUCUUUAACUGCUCUCCCGCUAUAGAUGUACCUCCACCACGGGGACGUGACUUGGAAAGCAAAGACAGUGAUGCUUCAGAAAAUGGUGAAUCAAAGCCCACUACUACUGGUUUGACGGCAAAGCUUUGA